GGACAAUUGGCCAUCUCCUCCUCCCCACCAAUAAUUGCUUAGCCACAAAGUAAACGACACCGUUUAGAAUCUCACACAGACAAAACCACACCGUCUAAAAAACUAUCUCCAAGUUAACGCAAUAACUUCCACAAAAAAGUCAAAAGUCAACGACUUUCCCCAAAAAAAACUCCAAAAUGGGCUCCGCCGACGACAUCUCAACCGACCCGGAAACAGGACCCGAGACAUCCCUCCUCAACGGAGCCUCAACAACCACCAAACCCUCCCCUCCAGACUCCUACCACUUAGCCUACAUCAUCUACUUCACCCUCGGCGUCGGCUUCCUCCUCCCAUGGAACGCCUUCAUCACCGCCGUCGACUACUUCUCCUACCUCUACCCUUCCACCUCCGUCGACCGCAUCUUCGCCGUCGUCUACAUGCUCGUCGGCCUCUUCUGUCUCCUCGUCAUCGUCGUCUUCUACGCCCACAAGAGCCUCGCUAGCUUCAGGAUCAAUCUCGGUCUCUUGCUGUUUGUUGUCUCCUUGCUUGUGAUCCCUGUGUUGGAUCUUGUUUAUGUUAAAGGGCGAGUGGGAUUGUAUGUUGGGUUUGAUGUUACUUCUGUUGCGGUUGGUCUGUCUGGUUUGGCUGAUGCGCUUAUGCAAGGGGGGUUGAUUGGUGUGGCUGGGGAGAUGCCUGAGAGGUAUACGCAAGCUGUUGUUGCUGGAACUGCUGGUUCCGGUGUUCUUGUGUCUCUGUUGAGGAUCUUGACAAAAGCUGUGUACCCUCAAGAUCCUAAUGGCUUAAGAAAAAGCGCGAAUCUCUACUUUGCUGUGGGUAUAGUUGUUAUGGUGAUCUGUGCUGUAUCCUACAACGUAGCUCACAAGCUUCCUGUGAUCAAGUUCCAUGAAGAGCGCAAGGCUCAAGCACUGCUCAAAGAGAGUCAAGAGAACGGUUCUUUAACCGGACCAAUGUGGAGAAAAACACUCUGGCAGAUCGUGACUAGGAUAAAGUCUCAUGGCUUUGGGAUUGUACUUAUAUACAUUGUGACGUUAUCGAUAUUCCCUGGCUACAUUACCGAGGAUGUUCACUCUGAUCUGCUUAAAGAUUGGUUCCCUGUUCUACUCAUUGCAGCUUUCAAUGUCUUUGACUUGGUUGGGAAGUCGUUGACUGCUGUUUACAUGCUUGCGGAUGAGAAGAUUGCUGUUGGUGGGUGCAUUGCUAGGCUGUUGUUUUAUCCUCUCUUUUGGGGUUGCUUGCAUGGUCCUAUGUUUUUGAGGACUGAGAUACCUGUGGCGUUGCUGACGUGCUUGUUGGGACUUAGUAAUGGGUACUUGACGAGUGUUUUGAUGAUUCUGGCUCCGAAGUCUGUGGCGUUGAAACACUCUGAGACGGCGGGGAUUGUGAGUGUGUUGUUCUUGGUUAUUGGUUUGGCUUCUGGAUCUGUCUUGGCUUGGUUCUGGGUCAUUUGA